CCGAGCGGCAAGUGCGAGAGAAGGCCGAAUCGCAGCGAACCAAACAGAACGGCCGAGCAGGAUGCCAGUAGACACGCCGUCGUUGUCCACCGCGCCUUCUUCGCUGUCGCCACCCUCCCUCCCCGACCUCGCAUCGCCAGGGUCCUCCAGGUCGCACGGGCCUGACCCCCUCUACCUCCCGCCUCGCUCGGUAUUCAACGACGACGAGUGCGCACCUCUCCAGAAACCCAGGCUGCUCUACUUCGGCGUCAAGGGACGCGCAGAACCGAUUCGACUGGCCUUCGCCAUUGGUGAGGGCACGGCAGAGGCAGACAGCUUGGGGGGGCGUGGCAAGGCAGAAUGGCACUCUGAUGGCGCUGGCUUGUCUGUGUGUGCAGCGGGUGUUGACUUUGAGGACGUUCGUCUGACCGAGAGGGCCUUCCUGUCGCGAUGUCGGAGUGGGAGCCUCCCGUAUGAGCAGUUGCCCGUGCUGGAGAUGGAGGGCCACGUGCUCUCCCAGUCCUUCGCAAUCAUGACCUUCGUCGGCAGGAGGACGGGUACGCGCCAAGCCUUGCCUGCGCGAGAAACAGGCUCACCAGCCUCUGUUGACGUGUGGGCUGUGCCCUGUGUGCAGGUUUGAUGCCUGCUGAGGCGUGGGAGGAGGCCAAGGCGGCUGAGUUUGUUUUGGGUGUGGACGAGGCCUACUCGGCCAUCGCCGAGACGGUCAGGGAGGAGGACGUCGCAACCAAGAUGAAGGUAGGCGCGUCCAGAUGGACGGAUGGCUGACGUGUCAUCCCUGCUCUGUGCUGUGUGUGUGCGUGCCUUUGGCUCACCAGAUGCGCACUGAGCUGGCAAGUGUCCACCUGCCCAGGACGCUCGCCUGUCUGGACGCCCUCGCCGCCAGCAACUCCACACCGGGAUACGCAGUGGGCUCCUCACUGUCCAUGGUAAAUAAAGGAGCUUGAACGGCACUCACCGCAGCGAGCGCAGCAGCAUCCCCACCAACGAACGACCCAUGUGUGUGUGGCUCAUCUCAUGCAGGCGGAUCUCGUGCUGUUCAAUCUGAUCAGCUGGCUGCGGGCCGGUGUGGUCAGCGGCGUGCCCAAGACCCUGGCCGACAAACACACACACAUCAUGCAGGUGGGGAGGGAGGGACGGAGGGAGGGAGGGAGUCAGCAGACUGACAAAAAAUCAUGUGUGUGUGUGUGUGUGUGUGUGUUCAGAUCCACGCGACGGUGCAGAGCCACCCGAGGGUUCAGGAGUGGUACCAGAGGCCACGCCGGCCGACAAAGCGAGUCUAACUGACCUCACUCCUCCCACUCCUCCCUCCCCCCGCCUCCCUGCCCUCCCUCGUUCUUUUCCAACAUGUAGAUAAACACACAUAGACAUACACUCUCUCUCUCCCACUACUGCUCCCUCCCUCCAUCCCUCCCUCCCUCACUCCCUCCCUCCCUCCCUCACUCCGCUCACUGGUCCCCUUUUGAACCGACUGGUUGAUGACACAUGACUGACGAGAGAGAAACCCUCCUCUCUGUUUUUUCCAAUGCACACAAACGAACGAAGAUACGGUUUGAUUCGAUUUGUGUUUUGUUUUGUUUUCUGCCCGCUACCUGGCGAUCGAUCAAGCAACGCAGCCAACGUGUGGAUGACACUUGGGGAUGGACGGAUGGAGUCCGUCCGGUGUGGGUUUGUUGAGUGGUUUGUUGAGCGGUUGGUUGGUUGGUUGUUGCCAGAGCGGGGCGGGGCGGGCGAAAGCAAGCUCUGAUUUUCGCUGCCUGCGUCAUGGAAGUGGUUUGGUCGACGCCCAAGGGUAGACAGGUAGACAGACAGGUAGAGAGACCCAACGAAGCAAGGCGGUUUUGGCACCCGCGACUUCGUCUGUGUGUAUGUAUGUGUGUUUGAGUGUGUUGUGUUGUUUGAUGUACCAAGAUUUUCGUGUCUGCGUGUACGUGUGCGUGUCUGCGUGUGAAUUGUGU